AUGCCCAGCUUUACCGGCCAGGAUGACAGUGCCUUUAUGAACAGUCAGCUCAUGGGGCUUGGCAUGUCCGAGGCCCUUCCCCCAUAUGAGAUGAUUGAAGAAUUACACAACAUCUACUUCAAUACUCACUAUCACUUCCUCCCUAUCAUCCACUCUGGCCGCUAUUAUCAAGCCUUCUAUGGCCCCCCAAAUAGAAAGCCGCCAAUGUGUCUGCAGUAUGCACUGUGGGCAUACACUGCCAUUGGCCAUCCUAAAUAUGACCAGUAUGCCGAGCCCUUCUAUAAGAGAGCUCGGCAGUACAUUGAGGCAGAUGAGAUGAGAGUGAGCCGGACCCUGUUCGAUUCCGACACUGGGAACAUCUUGCGUUCUAACUCAUCGGCUCAGAGCGACGGCGAGCAUUUCGUGACAGUAGCUCACGCCCAGGCUUGGGCCAUCAUUGCCGGUUACGAGGCCAAAGCCAUGCUCUUCACACGAGCAUCUAUGAGUGCCUCGCGCUACGUUCGCCUUGUCCAGAUGCUCGGACUGGACAGGCUUGACAAAGAAGGCGACGACAUACCCCCGACGCUUGGCCCCAUUGCCAACUGGACCGAGCUGGAGGAGCGCAGGAGGGUCUUUUGGGGCGCCUUUGCCAUUGAUGCUCACGCAAGCUUGGCGACUGGCUGGGCUCACAUGGUCAAGUCCGAGGACGUAAUGACGCGGCUUCCGUCUUCAGAAGACGCUUUCAUGUCGGGGAGGGAAGAGAAGACGGCCUUUCUGGAGGAACUGUUUACGGGGGCCCCUUAUGAAAGCUUCUCGGGUGCCAUUGUCAUCUGCGAGGUCUUCAAGAUCAUCCUGAGGCACGUGCACGGGGCGAAGCCGUCUGACCACCCAGAGGACCUGAUGAACGGCGCAUAUUGGAAGCGGCAUCGCGACCUUGACAACAAGCUGUCGAGUCUCUUCAUGUUUCUGCCCGAGAAAUUCCGCCUCCCAAUGAGGGCUCAGGAUCCAGCCGCGGUGCAGACAAAUCUCAACCUGCACGCCUCCGUCAUCUGUCUACACCAUGCUGCCAUUGAGACGGCAGAGAAGUACGGGUUCAACGACACCAUCAAACAGAACAGCUUACACAGGCUGAGGACUGCGGCCGAGGAGAUUGUCAACAUCAUCAAGCUAACAUCACAUCACACGUCAUUCUUUAAAACACAUCUCUGUGCUCUCUCGUUGUAUUCUGCCACGACCGUGUAUGUCUAUCUGGCCAAGGACGACCCCGUGGCCGGUGUCACCCCUAUUGAUGUCUCCAACCUGGAGACCAUCAUCAACGCAAUGGAAGCCAUCGGCCGCGUGCACCAAGUGACAACCGCCUUCCUGCAGCAAGCCUGUCUCGAUAUCGAACGCAAUGGGUUGACAUCCUGCCUCCGGCUUCCGGCCCUCUCAAAAUACCGCGAUUUAUUUGGCGGCCCGGCGUCCAAUAUUCCGCGAUUUGCGCGCACCUCAGUGUCGCAACACACUGAGAUGUCUUCGCCAUUGCCCGGACGAUUACCUCUCGGCGGUCCCAAGGGCGUCAGGAGGCCGGCCGGCUUGAGGAUGAGCAAGCCGCUUGCCUCCAUGACGGGCGUCCAGCCGGAGUUGACUCACACGGCAGAUUGCUUCAACGCUGUUCUCGGCGCCGUCACCCGGAAUGUUGCCCCCAAACCAUCUGAUGCCGCCAACCACAAGCGGAAGCGAGUAGCCGUCAGCCCCGGGCCGGACGUGGGUAUGGCUUCUUCUGCUAGCAGUAACCCCGGGACUUCUGGGAUAGCGGCCAGGGACUUUCGCUUCAGCAUCAGCAAGGGCUGCGUGGACACGCCCGCGAACCACGCUUGCGGGAACCUCUGGUCCCAUGGAGACGUGGACAUGAACCCCCAAGCGGCCGUCGACCCGAUCUUUGUGCUGCCGGACCGCACCAACUCGACCGCAUCGUCCCCGGCCCCGCGAGGACCCUGCACGGAGCCGUUUUCGGCGAGCAGCCACACCUCGCCCAGCCUGGGUCUCGGCAACACGCCCGAGGAGAACCGCAUUGAUCUCCGGCAGUUUCAAGGGCGCAUCACCACUCCCCUUUGGCAGAGCACGGAGGAGGGCAUCUUCAACCACAUUACGGAGACGAUUGCGCAGUAUUCAGGGGAUGGCAACGAUCCUUGGGCAUUGUUAAACGGCGAGCAUAACAAUUGGAGUGGCGCCACAACAAAUUGA